AUGGUUCCUGUUCCUGAACACUUCUUCUUCGGCAUCUUCUUCGUCAGAUUCUUCAGGAUGAUGGUCAAGUCUCCCAUCCAAGGGGCCACUGGGGCAGCUGCCGUAGUGGCACACCCAGAGGUGGCAGAUACAGGUGCGGCAGAUACUGUUGCAGUGGCAAUGACAUCAACAAUCCUCACCAAUCUGCACAACGUCUUUUUCUCCUUGCUUGACCUCGAUGAACUGUUUUUGGACUCUCCCCUUCAGCAAUGGUACCAGGGGAAACGCUGGCUAAUUAAUGAAGAACACCAAAGUGCCUUUAUAUCUGACGCCUCCAGAGCCGAGAUCCUGAGAAAAUAUGGUGGCACUUACAUGGACAUGGAUGCCUUGACUCUUCGACCGCUUCCAAACAGGACCAAUUAUUUGGGACGACUCGACAAUCAAAUAAUCACUGGAGCCAUCAUGAGCCUUGUCAAAGGGCAUCCUCUAAGCCAAUGUGUAGGACAGGAUGAUGAGAAAGCGAAGGUUGCUUGA